AUGGCAUCAAGCAAAGCAGCGAGAAUUGGCGAGGAGUGGGGAGUUCUGUUUGUCAUGGGAGAAAGUAAGGCUGACGCAAAUCAGGGCGUGGAAGUUCGUCCACUAUCCUCCGUCUCGCAGAUUGGGGCUGAAUACGUCCGUAGAACUCGUGUGGACAAAGUCAACGCAGAGCUCGUAACUCUGACAUAUGGCACAAUGGUCGCGCAGCUGUGCUCCGAUUUCGAAAGCAACUAUACGGAAGUCAACAAGCAGUUGGACCGGAUGGGCUACAACAUUGGCAUGAGGCUAGUCGAAGACUUCUUUGCCAAAUCGGGCACGCAGCGUUGUGCCAAUUUGAAAGACACAGCCGAGACGAUAUCGAAGAUAGGCUUCAAGAUGUUCCUUAACGUGACACCAACAGUGACAAACUGGACUGCAGACAACAAACAGUUUUCGCUUGUCUUUGAAGACAAUCCUCUGGCAGACUUCGUCGAGUUACCAGACGAUGGCCGCGCUCAGGAUGAGUUGUGGUAUUCAAAUAUCUUUUGUGGGGUAAUUAAGGGCGCGCUAGAGAUGGUUCAAAUGCAGGUCGACGCGAUCUUUGUCAGUGAUGUUUUGAGGGGCAACGACACAACCGAGAUGCGGAUUACAUUAUUACGAUAUCUGGAUGACGAAAUGCCUCCCAACGAUGAGUGA